AUGGAUGAGAUGUUUGAUGAUGAGGAAAGUGUAGAGGCUGAUUCAACAAAGUCAGAGCUGGAGUAUUAUUUGGAUGAUAUUCGAGAGGAUCGAAAGAAUCCUGAUUUUGACAUAUUGCAUUGGUGGAAGACAACUGGAUCUAAAUAUAAGGUUUUGUCCCUGAUGGCAAGAGAUAUGCUGGCCAUACCUGUGUCAACGGUCGCAUCAGAAUCUGCAUUUAGUGCAGGUAGUCGAGUAAUAGAUCGCUUUCGUAGUUCGUUCACACCAAGAGUUGUGGAAGCUUUGAUUUGUACCCAAGAUUGGUACCAUGACAAUGAUGAAGAUUUAAGAGUAGAAGAAAUGGUUGCUGAGCUUGAGUAUAUUGAAUCUGAAGUGAAGACUUCAAAUUUACAGCCAUGA